UGUAGAUGGUGCAAGCUCAAUGGCUUCAGGGUCCAUACAUCUGUUACUCCUGUGACUGCUGCUGAAGCAUAGAGUCCGGGUUGGCAGAUGGAAGAUUUGCCUUUGAGGAGAAAUAGGUCAUAUAUCAGAAAGUAAAAAUAGAGAAACAGAUGCAGUCUUUCUUCCCCAACAGACCGGUAUUUACUCAACAAUACUCUUAAUAACUGAAGGAGCAGCUACUUGAGAGCAGUUCUCCAUACAUGAUGGAAGAUAGCAUUGUCUAGCAAACACAAGAGUGCAAGAGGUCUGAUGACACAGGUCUCAGCCAGGGUACAAGCCAAGGACGCAGUGGUGAGGAGCAAUAAGCAAUAAGGGGGUUCAGUGUAAAUGUUUUGCUUGGGACAUACUAAAGUUUUGACUGUUAAAAGAGAGUCAUUUUCUUUGGGAAAGCUCAAUUUCUACAUGUGCUUUAUUACUCCUCUGCUUUAUUCCAGCUUGUAUUUUUACCACAGUUAGUCCAUUUACAUGCAGUUACUGGGAUUCCACUGGCUUUUUUCACCCAAGCACUGUCCUCACAGUGACUGUGCUGUUUGUUCUCAUCCCCAGUCAGUUCCCACACUACUCUGAAGGAAGAAUUCUAACCUCACACGUCAGUCAACUCCAGCUAACACAAAGUGAAUAAGAGAGAAAAGGCAGUAAUAGAAGCACAAAGAUAUAACAUGCAGUAACAUGCAGGAGCUAGCACAGGGCACCUCUGAUACCAGGCUGAACCUAAUCUUUAAGGUGAGCAGCAAUGGCACAUUUAUGUUCGUAUGGCUAGUGAAGAGGCAACAGCAAGCUGUAGUUAGAAGAAAUCAAAGGCACUUACCAGUUAAAAUAACAUGUAAAGUUUGGGAAAUUAUAACUGAGGGUGCUACAGUAAAGGAGGGUGGUGAAGGUGAGAAGGAACAAGUCAUACAUCUCAUGAUAGAAGGCUGCAAGUUUUUUGAAGAACUACUGAGAAGCCUCAGUGGAGGACGUGGUGUAGCUAAAAUAGCUUGAGUUUUCAGAGUAAGGGAAGGCAAGUUCAAGGCACUUCAAGAUACUUCAUCAAAACUGACUCAAACCACCUUGUUUUAAAGAAGUAGAAAUGCAUGCAGUGAGUGCUUUUCUAUCCUUUGCACUGAACUCAUCCUCCCCACCUACUUAAAUGAGCCUAAAAAAACUGAGGAACUGCACAGGGAUGCAACAUAGUUGUAGAUAGCACAAUUACAGCAACAACAAAGAAUUGGGUAAGGUUCAUAGUAGCUCCUUUAAAGACAGCAGAAGAACAUACUGGCCUAUUUAGUGGAAAAAAGGUGGCUAAAGUGCCGAGGGGGAAGGUAAAUAAUUGCUCAAAGCAACACUGAGAGUUUGCCUUAAAACAGCAGCAGCUGACCUUCUCCAAAAAGCUGCAGUUCCGCAGCAACUGUGCUAUAUGCAGAAGAUUAAGUGCCUAGUGCAUACAAAGGUUGUGCUGGUAAAACAGGAAUGUCUCCACUGGGAGUCUGACUGCUGGGAGGUGGGAUGAGAGCAGAACUGCGAUUACCUUAAGCAGAGAGGAAUCUCAGUAUGGACAUAAAAUAGUAAUUACAGGAUUAACAUCUAUUUUCUAUGAAGAAGCUUCAGUCUGUCCUACGGUGCUUGCAAAGGACAGGUAAGUUCUUUUUUCUCCUUCCUUCCACGUAUAUUUCCACGGCAAGUUUCAAAACACACAAUACUGUACACUGCUGAACUCCUCAGCUGUAAAUGACAACUUCCACAGAAUUCCCCUAUCAUUCCUUUGGAGAAUCUUCAUGGCUACAGCCAUUUAUCAGCAGGCUGCAUUUAUGUUCUUACGAAAUCCAGCCAAAUGCUGCUGACAACCAAUUCCCCCUCUCUCUUCUGCUGCUCUCAAAAAGCCUUUUGGAGUUCUGGUUCAUAGGACCAUACAUGUGGGUCUCAGAGUGUUGUAGUCAGGCAAUCAAGCUUUUCUUUUGACGUAGAUGACCUCUGCUAGGUCUAUAAUUUAUUCACGUGACUUUUACUAACAGGUCCUACAGCACAAAGUUAUAUCCAGCUCUUCUCACGCUGCUGCUCCCAACUCCUGCAUUUAUUAACCAGAAAGCCUUCUAAAUGUUAUCUAGUAGCACAGAUUAAGCAGUUUUGUUCUGCAGAUCGUGUUCCUUAGCUUGCUCUUUCAUUUCCUCUCAUUCAACAUUAUCACAUUAUGUUCCCUCUUCUUAUGUGCUUUUCCUCUACACAAAGCUCUUUAAACAGCUGCAAAGGGGGAGGGACCACAAUGCUUAUGAAAACUCCACUUUGCAGAAUGCUUCUGCCAGGUCCUACUGUCUGCCUCUUUCCAGGGAUUUAAUACCUCCAAGAUUCAGGAUUGCUUUUACAUCUCUUGCUUGUGCAACCCUGACAACAGAGCCUACUGCCAGCUGUCUUAAUUGAAGAGCAGUAACCACCUCUUCCUGUUAUUGCCAUGAGGAAUACGUACACUCUCUUUCUCUUUGUAGUGGGCUCCUUCUAUUUCAACGGAAGCACUGCAGCAGAUGCUGAGGAGAAGCUAAUGAACCACCUACUGAGUCCUGACAGGUACAACAAGUUAAUUCGCCCAGCUGUCAACUCAUCCCAGUUGGUAUCUAUAGAACUGCAGGUUUCCCUGGCACAGCUCAUCAGUGUGAACGAACGAGAGCAGAUCAUGACUACAAAUGUCUGGUUAAACCAGGAGUGGAUUGAUUAUCGUUUGGCUUGGAAGCCUUCUGACUACGAAGGAAUAAAUAUGCUGAGAAUACCUGCAAAACAUAUCUGGCUGCCAGACAUUGUGCUUUACAAUAAUGCGGAUGGUACAUAUGAAGUUUCACUGUACACAAAUGCAAUUGUACAGAAUAAUGGGAGCAUUCGCUGGUUGCCUCCAGCAAUUUACAAGAGUGCCUGCAAGAUUGAGGUUAAGCAUUUCCCAUUUGAUCAACAAAACUGCACCUUAAAGUUCCGGUCUUGGACGUAUGAUCAUACAGAAAUUGAUAUGGUACUUAAAACUUCCAUGGCAAGCAUGGAUGACUUUACACCAAGUGGAGAAUGGGACAUUGUAGCACUCCCAGGAAGAAGAACUGUAAAUCCUUUGGAUCCCAAUUAUGUUGAUGUGACAUAUGACUUCAUUAUUAAAAGGAAACCUCUUUUUUAUACCAUCAAUCUCAUAAUUCCUUGUGUGCUAAUUACAUCCUUAGCCAUCCUGGUGUUCUACUUGCCUUCAGACUGCGGCGAAAAAAUGACCUUAUGCAUAUCUGUGUUGCUUGCUUUGACCGUGUUCUUACUGCUGAUCUCCAAAAUUGUUCCUCCAACAUCUCUAGAUGUUCCACUGAUCGGGAAGUAUCUCAUGUUUACAAUGGUACUGGUGACCUUCUCCAUAGUUACCAGUGUCUGCGUACUCAAUGUCCACCACAGAUCUCCAAGCACUCACACCAUGCCUCCGUGGGUAAAGCUGGUUUUCCUUGAAAGACUCCCAGCCUACCUGUUCAUGAAGCGUCCAGAAAAUAAUUCGCCACGGCAAAAGCCGUGCAACUGCAAAAAGACAAGAGCAGAGAAUCUCUGCAUGGACACAGCUGACUUCUACAAGAACUCGACUUACUUUGUGAACACAGCCUCGGCCAAAAAGUACGACAUGAAAAUCACUGACACUCUUGACAAUGUCAGCAGCCAUCGAGAUUUUAGGUUAAGAACAGGCACCAAAUUUUCUCCUGAAGUCCAAGAAGCAAUUGAUGGAGUCAGCUUUAUAGCAGAGCACAUGAAAAGUGAUGACAAUGACCAGAGCGUCAUUGAAGACUGGAAGUAUGUUGCCAUGGUAGUGGACAGGCUGUUUCUCUGGAUAUUUGUCCUUGUUUGUGUUCUGGGGACUGUUGGAUUAUUUCUGCAGCCGCUCUUUCAAAACCACAUCGCUGCCACGAACCCUUAGCUCUUAUCUAAAACUGCCAAUGCCUACAUAGAUGCUGGGUCUCAUUGUGCUCUCAGUUUCUCUCUGCUAAAUCCAGAGAGAUGUCAGACGAUUUGCUCUCCCAGCGGAUUUACGGUAGGGAUGUGGAAAGCAGCAACAUUAUUUUGAUAGGAAAAAAUACAUAAGAAAAAAAAAAAGAAUCAUUUUUCCCAAUGAGUUCAGUACUUCUGGUGAUCUCAUGGCUCUUUUUUCAACUCUCUGAAGCCUGAAUAUUAGAGAAAGACAUUUCCUGUAUAAUAUGCCAGCUUGGCUCACAAGGAUUAUUUAUUAAAAGGGUGUUUUAUAUACAUUGCCUCAGGAAAGCCAUUUUCUUUCCUUAGAACACUGCAGUUUCCAUACUACAAAGAAGGCUUUUAUUUCCUCAAAUGCAUCAGAAUGAUUUGUGUCUGAUUUAUACAGAGCUUGGUGGAUGGAAUCCUUGUUUAGCUGUGUUGACUGUGAUAUUUAAGACGGAACUGAGAAACAGAGCCAUACUUCUGGUUUCUCAUUGUGCUGUCCCUGCUAGUAGGUUAAUCAACAGAGGCCAAAUUAAUAUGUAAUAUUAACAUUUAUACGCUCUGUUCAGUGACAAAACGUGAAUAAAAUGCAAAAAUUCUCCUUUAUAUAUAGUCCUGAGAUGUUCCUACAACUUUUAACAGCUUUAAGUGGCAUUCACACACCUUCAUGAAUCUAAGGCUAACAGUAGAAGAAAGCA